AUGGGCGCGGAUACGUUGAAUAAAGCUGAGGAUUUGCCGCAUUUUGAGACCAACUGUGGCGACGACCAGCAGUACCACUACGACAACGAUCACUACACCAACGAGCGGAGCAGCAAUGAAACUGAUUCCGAUGAAGAAAAGGGAGACAUGCGCAAGGUUACAACAAACGGUUCAGCUCCCCAUCAGUCUGAUAAUGCAGAAACGGUCACAGCCUCCUUAGCCAGGGAUGCCACUCCUAGCAUAGUCGACUUACCUCCAACAAAGCCCGAUACCAUCGUCUAUAAUCACCCCAGCAGCCCCGAGUUUCCAAAUGGCAAUAUUGUCGAAACAAUCCAGUUUCUCCCGUCGGACCAGGAUUCUCGUGCAAAGUUUACUGGAUGGGCGCUACUCCCUCUUCAAUCUUUCAAGGCGCUUGUCAGGAAGAACUGUGAUGUCAAGGUGUGCCUGCAUGCUGGAAUCCUCAAGGCUCAGAGCGGCACAUUUCAAACACUCCUCUCCCUCAAGAAGAAGAAGUUGGACUGCCACACCAACAACGACAACGAGGAGCGAGUGAACAUUGCAGAAAAGAUUUGCUUCGGUGUCUAUAAGAAGAUCCAUGUCGACAGAUUGGCCAAGGAUGUCAUGACUAUCUCCAACAAGCACAAACCGAAGGGGUCGAUCAAGGACCCUAUGACUAUCGAGAAGGACGCAUAG